AGUGUUUUCUCGUCCUGCUCUCUGGGGUCCAUCUCUUCAGAAAUGCUGUAGAGUCUCCAUGGUUACCAGCAGGCAUGCUCCUCUUUCUUACGUUGAGCAAAUUCUCUCAUGUGGGCGAGUGAUGCACGCUGUUAGCGGUGUGUGAGCGAGAGCCAUCGGUGUAUGUGCGUGAGUCUGUGUGUGCGUGUGUGCGUGUGUGUGUGUGUGUGCCUGCGUGUGUGUCUGGAGAGAGAGAGAGACAUAGACCGAGCCCCUAACACGGAGCAUGCCUCUGCGUCCGGCAGCCGGCAAACAUGAGCCACCCAGCCCUCCACGGCAGGACCAGCAGCAGCAGCACACACACACACACUCACACACACUCACACACUCUUACACACACACAGCAAACGGCAGCCAGGGGGCCAGCACUGACAGCGGCAGCUCCCGGGAAGAGGACAGCGGCGUUCCCUUUCCUGUCGGUGUUCCGGCUUUCCGUCCCGGUGCAGAGCGGAGCCACAGUGCAAGAGCACCCAUGGAGGAGCCAACAGGCAACACCGUGGUCAUCCGCAUUGGAAUCCCAGACCUACAACAGACGAAAUGUAUGAAAUUCAAUGUGGAUGCACCUAUCUGGCUGUCCAAGCAAAGGAUCCUGUGUAAUCUCAACCAGAGCCUGAAGGAUGUACUCAACUAUGGCCUAUUCCAGCCGGCUUACAACGGCAAGGCUGGCAAGUUUCUGGAUGAGGAGAGACAGCUAAGGGAAUACCCCUUCCCGUCCAUUGCUCCUGUACCUUACCUGGAGUUCCGCUAUAAAAGACGUGUCUACACCCAGACUCACCUGGAUGAAAAGCAGCUGUCUAAGCUCCACACUAAGGCAAACCUGAAGAAGUUUAUGGAGUAUGUGCAGCAGAGGAUCAUUGAAAAGGUCUCAAGGUUCCUUGAAAAAGGCCUGGACCCCAACUUCCAUGAUCCAGACACAGGAGAAUGUCCUCUAACGCUGGCAGCACAGCUGGAAGGCUGUGCAGAGCUCAUCAAGGUGCUGAAGAGUGGAGGAGCGCAUCUGGACUUCAGAACAAAAGAUGGCAUCACUGCCCUACACAAGGCCGUGCGCAGCAAGAACCAUACAGCACUUAUAACUCUGUUGGACUUGGGUGCAUCACCUGACUAUAAAGACAGUAGGGGGCUGACUCCUCUGUACCACAGCUCAAUGGUUGGAGGAGAUCCCUAUUGCUGUGAGCUGCUGCUGCAUGAUCAUGCACAGGUCGGCUGUGUGGAUGAGAAUGGUUGGCAGGAGAUACACCAGGCAUGCCGCUACGGCCAUGUGCAACACCUGGAACACCUGCUGUUCUACGGAGCUGACAUGAGCGCCCAGAAUGCUUCCGGAAACACCGCCCUGCAUGUGUGUGCUCUCUACAACCAGGAUAGCUGUGCACGAGUUCUUCUGUUCCGUGGAGCCAAUAAAGAAAUAAAGAACUACAACAGCCAGACCGCCUUUCAGGUGGCUAUUAUAGCAGGAAACUUUGAUCUGGCUGAAAUCAUAAAGGUCCACAAAGCAUCAGAUGUUGUGCCUUUCAGGGAGACCCCCUCCUACACCAACCGUCGACGUGCGAUGCCUGGACCCCUGCCCUCUCCACGUUCCUUGCUCCGCUCUGCAAGCGACAAUAACCUGAAUGGGGACCAUGAUCACAUCCACAGUCAGGCCCCCAGAGAAAUUCGUGGCCGUCAGGGUCACUCCCCUGUCCCCUCACUGCGCAGUCUGCCAGCUCUUGGCCAGCAGCACAGCAGCCUUGGAGAGAGCCGUCACGGAGAAAUCCCUGACAGCAGUCUCCAGAGUACAGGCAGCUCCAGAUCCUCUCAUUCCCGCUCGCCUUCACUACAUCACAUGCAUGAAGAGGACAAGCCGGUUCCCAGAAGGUCCCACAGCCAUGGUUACCCUCACGGAUAUGGUCAUCGUGGAAGACUCAGCCCCGGCUCAGUGCAACGAGACCCAAGCCCCCCUCAUCACACCCCUCCUGCGCUGACAGGCCCCCGCGGGCCCAAACGUAAACUCUACAGUGCUGUCCCAGGACGUACCUUCAUCGUGGUCAAGCCCUACACUCCACAGGGGGAGGGGGAGAUCCAACUCAACCGUGGAGAGAGAGUCAAAGUGCUGAGUAUAGGUGAAGGAGGUUUCUGGGAAGGCACGGUCAAAGGGAGGACAGGUUGGUUCCCAGCAGACUAUGUGGAAGAAGUUCAGAUGAGGCAGUAUGACCCACGACUAGAAACACGGGAGGACCGCACAAAGAGACUGUUCAGACACUACACUGUGGGAUCCUACGACAACUUCACCUCAUACAGUGACUAUAUCAUAGAGGAGAAAAAUGCUGUUUUACAGAAGAAAGAAAACGAGGGGUUUGGCUUUGUCCUGCGAGGAGCCAAAGCCGAGACACCCAUUGAAGAGUUCACCCCCACCCCAGCUUUCCCUGCCCUUCAGUACCUGGAGUCUGUGGAUGUGGAAGGAGUGGCCUGGAGGGCUGGUCUGAGAACAGGAGACUUCCUCAUUGAGGUAAACGGGGUGAAUGUAGUGAAGGUGGGCCAUAAACAGGUGGUGUCCUUGAUCCGCCAAGGGGGCAACAGGCUGCUGAUGAAGGUGGUGUCUGUCACACGCAAACCUGAGUCUGAAGAGGUCGUCCGCAAGAAAGCUCCCCCGCCACCUAAGAGAGCUCCCAGUACCACCCUGACACUGCGCUCUAAGUCCAUGACCGCUGAGCUGGAAGAACUGGCUUCUGCUCGGAGGAGAAGAGGAGAGAGACUAGAUGAGAUGUUGGCAUCCCAGGAGUCUAUAUUGCGUUCUCAGCCCUCGGAGGCAGAUUACAGAGCAGCCACUGUCAAACAACGGCCCACCAGCAGGAGAAUAACACCAGCAGAGAUCAGUUCACUGUUUGAGAGACAAGGGAUGACUCUACAUGGAGGUCUUCACCCAGGCAUUGAGAGAGGUCACAUGCCACUACCAAAGGGGAUGUCCAGGACCAAGUCUUUUGGUGCCACUGAGGAGGAUCGGCUGUCUGCUCUAGCAGGCGAGCACAGAUUUCCCCGCAGUUCCUCUAUGACAGACAGCCUCCGAGACCAUUCCCAGCCUCAUCCGAUCCCUCCACCUCCACAAAUGGCACCUCCUCCUCCCCCCUACUACCUAGACACCGGUCCUCCCCCAGCCUUCUGCCCCCCUCCUCCCCCAUCUAGGACCCAGAGUCAGGGCCAUGAGCCUGGAGGACGCUCCAGCUUCAAACCCUCUUCCUUGGACCUGCCUUAUGAGGCUGCCCAGCGGCAGGCCACACACAUCGAGAGACAGAAGAAAGCCCGCUCCAUGAUCAUCCUCCAGGACUCUUCCCAUCUACCUGUAGAACCUACAGAAAUUCCCCGUCCUUCUGCUGCUACUCCACCUGAGCGAAUCAAAAGGAAGGGUCGGGUUAUUGACAACCCUUAUGCUAACGUGGGUCAAUUUAGCAUUGGACUCUACACGCCCACCAAGCCCCAGAGGAAGAAAAGUCCCCUGGUGAAACAACUACAGGUGGAAGAUGCACAAGAAAAAGCUAGUUUAGCCUUAGCUGCUGCCCACUCCCGAGAGAGCUCACCCUCAGGACGACACCCACAUUCUCAUGGGCACACACACACCAGCCGUGCAGACUACUACCAGCAGCAGCUGAUGGCUGAGCGAGAGCGUAUGCGUGCCCAGGGAGAGAUGAUGUUUCAGGGUAAGGGCCCCUUUGCUGCUGCAAUUGCUGGAGCAGUGAAAGAUCGUGAGCGUCGCCUAGAAGAACGGAGGAAAUCCACUGUCUUCCUUUCUGUUGGGACCAUGGAGGGGGCGUCUACCACCAGCUCUGACGCCCCCUCUCUGACUCAGUCUCACUCCAUCGAUGAACGGAUGCUCACCCGAGAGCUAGGACAGCUGCCUCCCCCUGCCUUGGCCCUGAGCCCCUCACCUAGUGGGACCACCUUUAUCCACCCGCUCACAGGAAAGCCCCUGGACCCUAACUCUCCACUGGCUCUUGCGCUGGCCGCAAGGGAGAGGGCACUGACCUCCCAGAGCCAGUCCCCAACUACCAGCCCAGAGCCUAGGACUAAACAGGAGCGGAUAGGCCAGGGCGUAAUGUUCAUUGACCCUCAGACCAAAGAGUCUCCACAUGGGGAAGGGGCAUCCACAACACCUCCUUUCUCACCUAAAAGCGCCAAGGCAGCGGGACAUGGAGUCGGAUCCUCCCUGACAUCAAUUUUAGUUUCCCAGCCCACCAAACCACAGUGGGCCACAUCAACAUCACCUGUAUCAUUCCGGCAGGAGAUGGAGGCCAGAGUAGAAGAGAGGAAGGAGGAGAAGAGACUGGAGGAUAAAAAAAGUAUGUUGAUCAGUAUUAUGGAUACGUCGCAGCAGAAGACAGCAGGGCUAAUUAUGGUCCAUGCUACCAGUAACGGCCAGGCUGUUGGGGUGGGUUCAGAACUAGAACAGGCAUCUGCCCCAAAGUCCACUGAGCCCAGCAAGUCUCCAAGUCCACGGGCAAAAUCCCCCAGUCCUGUGGUCCCCCAGUCCCAGACCCAGCCUCAAACUCAGCAUCCUGCAAGUCCAGCCCAGGAGAAGAGUCUGGCUCAGGGAAGCUCAGAGGAGGAUGUGGAUCCAUACACAGUGACCCUGCCCCCUGCAAUGUUGUCCUCCAGUGAUGAGGAAACAAGAGAGGAGCUACGUAAGAUUGGAGUUGUUCCCCCACCAGAUGAGUUUGCUAAUGGCCUGCUCGCGCAGGGGGCACCAGUGUCCCCAACUAAACCUGCCUCCUCUCCUUCAACCCCAACAACACCAACACCCCACACUCCCUCAACCCCAACAACCCCAACUGUGACUCCCACGCAGCCUCAGCCUCCCCAGCCCGCACCUCCACCCAGUGCAGCAGCUGUCUCAGGGAAGCCCUCUGAUCCUCUCGAGCCCCCACCAGUGGGCGAGUCUGGCUCUGCGGCUGACUCAGGCGUGGAGGAGGCUGAUACGCGCAGCUCCAGCGAGAGAGAGCGAGACCACCAUCUCGAGACCACCAGCACCGUCUCCACGGUUUCCAGCAUGUCCACAUUGUCCUCAGAAAGCGGCGAGCCUGCCGACACACACACCACGCACACCUCCUAUGCCGACGGGCAGACUUUUGUGCUCGACAAGCCGCCAGUGCCUCCUAAGCCACGACUCAAGUCCCAGAUAGGAGGCAGUAAAGGCCCCGUCACCUUCAGGGACCCUCUGCUGAAGCAGAGCUCUGACAGCGAGCUGCUAUCACAGCAACAGGCUGCUGCCCUGGCUGCUGCUGCAGCUGGGGGUGCUGGACUGCCAUCAGGUGGUUCAGCCUCAGUGACCGGACUAGCCCCCACUAAGCCGCGCUACCUCUUCCAGCGGAGGUCCAAGCUGUGGGGGGACCCAGUGGAACCUCGUGGGCCAGGAGUGGGGCUAGGUAUUGGGAGUUUGGGCAAUCUCGGUGGGCUGGGACUGGGGCUGGGUGCAGACGAUGGAGCAAAACCAUCUGUUAUGGGAGAGCUCAGUUCCCGACUACAGCAGCUAAAUAAAGAUACUAGGUCAUUGGGAGAGGAACCACUGGGUGCAUCCCUUGACCCAGGCAGGAAGUCACCUGUGGCAGGUGCCAGACUUUUCAGCAGCCUAGGCGAGCUCCACACCAUUUCUCAGAGAAGUUAUGGCACUACAUACACCAUCCGCCCCGGCAGCCGUUACCCCGUCACCCGACGCACCCCAAGCCCAGGUUCAGGCUCACCUGAUCGGGGCGACCCUCUUGGACGAUUUUCAAGCUUCGGCCUACCGACCUCACCGACUACACCGCCACAAACAAUCCUCAAAUCCUCUAGCCUCAGCCUACCCCAGGAACCUAAAGAAGUCCGCUUUGUUAUGAGGAGCUCCAGCGCCCGUUCCCGCUCGCGCUCCCCGUCCCCAUCACCUUCCCAUUCUCCUGGGCUGGGAUCACCACUGUUAGCCCUCCGGCCAUUCCACCAGAAGCCCCUCCACCUCUGGAAUAAGUAUGACGUCGGAGACUGGCUUGAGAGCAUCAAUUUGGGGGAGCACAGAGCAGGGUUUCAGGAACAUGAGAUCGAAGGCUCUCACCUCCCAGCUCUAACCAAGGAUGACUUUGCAGAGCUGGGAGUGACACGAGUUGGACACCGCAUGAACAUUGAACGAGCACUAAAACUGCUGCUAGAGAGCUGACCCCUGCCCUGAGACACAACAACAGAUGGAUAGAAAGACGAAGAACGGGCAAGAUGUAGAGUUUAUAAAAGAGAAAAGAUAGGAACCACUCCUCUUUUACUCUGGCUGCUUUUAUGUUCUGCAUCACAAAUGUUUACCUGUUGUCCUCAGCGACACGUUACAUUUCUCGACAUUAAAACCCUGCACUUGGCACUGCACUGAAGAGGAGGAGUCAAUACAUUUCUCCCCGCUCUACUUGGCCCUUAGUGUCUGCCCACCUCCUUGCCUGCAGCCAAUUAGAUUGGACUUCAAAAAUGGGCUCUGGUCUAUCUUUGCUGAGGAGAAUAGCAUGAGCUCCAAUUAAAACAUUUGAUUUGUGAAAGCUUCAGUUUUUCCCUUAGUAACACCCACACUUUCUCCCUCACUAUUCCCUCCUCUCCUCUCUACCUCUACCCCACCAUCUAUUAGGCUUCUGAAAGCCUUUCGCAGUUUGAGUAAAGGAGGAGAAGGAAGAAUUUUCUUUUCCAUACAGAAAGCUCAGUUGCCUUUCAAAAUAUUUAUAUAGAGAUCAACAAUGAUGAACACAGGACUAAGGACAUAGUGCAGACACAGCUCUGAAAAGGUGUGUUCUCUCUAUACCUGCUGUUGUUUUUAAACCGAAGACUUUAGAGCCCAGAGGUGGAGCUCCACAAAGUAAACCACAGGAGAAAACCCCUCCGCCUUGGUACCCAGACUGUGCUAUCUAUUAUAUUUGGAGAAUGUUUAACCAACACUCGUGGCUUUUUUCAUAAUCAAUUUUUUGGUUUUCCAAAGGGAAUAUUAUAUAUAGGUAUUAUAUAAUAUGAUAUAUAUGUAUCUAAAUAUAGCUUUCAGAAGAAAAGACAAUGUUGCAAAGAAGAAAUAUAAUAAAUUAUCUGCGCCUGUUUUUGUUUUUUAGUAUAGAAGGCAAAGAGAAAUCUUUAAAUUUAUUCCACCAAUAGUUUACUCAUUUCUACCAAUUAUAUACAUAUAUAUACAGUAUAUAUAUACAGUAUAUAUAUAUAUUUGAAAUAAAAAAAAAAAGUAUAUAGAUAUUGAAAUGAAAUUUUUUGUCAUAGGUAUACAACUUUGCUUAUGGUCACCCUUUCUUGAACCGUAGCAUGACAAGUUGCAUCAUGUGUUGGACAGAGAGUUUGUUGUUUGUUUUUAUUUUCUUACAGUCUUCCUUCAUACUAAAGGGCAUCCCAUAAUGUGAGGCUGAGACCCCAGUUGACACCCAUCCCUACUGCUUCAGCUACAGGUCUCACUGUCCUUGGUCUGACUCUAUCCACAACAACACACAGUAAGGACCACAGAAAUCAGACAGCUAAUUGAUAAAAGGAGCUCUUCGUCUUUUGCCUGUUUAUCACUCAGGGAUGGAAGUUUGGGGCACUAGCAUGGAGAGUCGGCUGCUAUCCAUUUAAAUUCUUACCUGUGAGGACAAUUUAACACCACCACAGUCUGAAAUAUGCUAGAGGGCUAGUAAAAUUUCCAUCCCUGUGACCCCCGAUGAUGCUUCUCCGACCAGACCUUUAUCUGGAGUAUAACCCAACAGAAACCUGUCAUACAAGGGCUUAAAUGAGCUAGACAUAAAGUAUAUGCCCUUCUGAAAUGCCACUUCAGGCAAUGUGUGUGUGUAGUGUAUCAGGCUGUGGGGAUGGGAAUGCCUCUGUACGGUCUUAAAGAAAAUUCAGUAUAUUACAACCUGGCUGUGUCUUGCAACAUCGCUGCUUACCUGUAUCUCUACAGUUUACUUAGCGAGUGAAAUAUCAUGAAACAGUGGCAGCCAGAAUUCUAAAAAUAAGACCCAGGUUGUAAAAAAAAAAAAAAAAAAAAAAAAGUAGUACCUUUAGUAGUACAAAAUCUACAAUUGUACUCAUGAGUAGCUUCUGCUGGCAGUGAGAAACAGUGAGUUUUAUUCACGCAACAAAAAGCAUUUUAUCCACAGCUUUUCUCUAACAGAAGUCCAGGUAAUCUCUAUUACCAGUAAAAACCUCCGUACAUCAGCAGCAUCUAGUCAGUACGCCAAGGCAGUUUUACUUGGCGAACAACUUGUGUGCAUCUUUUUUUCUUUUGUUUUUUCUGUCUUUUGUUUUUCUUUUUCUUUUUUUUGUUAACAGUUUGUAAAAGCGGGUGGUGAAUAUAACGUUGUAUCUGGGUUGUAGGAAUAGCACUCACUGCCUCACUGUGACCUCACUGAUUAUUUUACUUCUGACUCCAGUGUUACAGUAUGUCCUCAGAUUCAUUUGGACUUUUUGUGUUUAUUGUUUUCUAUUCUUUCUUUUCUCUUCUGUU